GUCGAGUGAAAUGGUCUUCAACUUUGACGGCUGCAUCCGAGAAGUUCCGGGCAUCUCUGUGGACUGCUUUACCAAACACAAGUUUGAUGAAUGCUCCACCUUUUUCUUGUCUCACUGCCACUCAGACCACAUGACAGGUCUGUUUGAUGGAUUUCUAUCUAACUUCCAAUCAAAUAAAAAACUCAAACUGUUCUGCACUGUGGUGAGUGAGAUUAUUCUGAGAAAUAUGGCCUCAAUCGACGGAAUUGACGCAACUGCAGUUUUGGACCAAACUGUGACAAAAAUGAUGUUUGAUCAAGAAUACGACCUCGACAUAGAUGGCUUUCAAGUAAAAGUCACUGCAAUAAAGGCGAAACACUGCACAGGAUCUUGCAUGUUCCUGUUCAAGACUGAAUGCAGCAACGUGCUUUACACAGGCGACUUCCGCCACUUACCACACCAGCUGAAAUUUAUUUCUGCUCUUCGUGGCUUCCGCAAAAAAAAUAUUCCUCUGGACACCAUCUACGUUGAUACGACUUUCUUGUUGGGGAGCACCAAAAACUCCUUGCCAACCAUAAAUAAAACUAUCCGCUGUAUCAUAAGAGAGAUAAAAAAAUUCAGCCGGAAAUAUCCCAAAGGAAUUGUGCUCAUCAUAAGACCAGCAAAUCUGGGCUCGGAACUGAUGAUUAGAGAGUUGGCCAGAGUGUUUAACACAAAAAUCCACGUCGAGGACAAGUUGUGCGAGCUGUAUAAGGACAUCGACUACGUGCGUCCCUUCUUGACGAAUGACCCGUCCGAAACUUUCAUACACUUUUGCAAGCAGGGCGAUAUCAGCGCGAAGGAUUCUGAAACAUGCGAGAUCCAUCCUACUGCGUUAAGUUUUGCUUCCAAUGACGCACGAAAGGUUCAAGAGGAAGUGGACCGGAUGGUUAUGAGUGCAACAUUGAGGAACACUUGA